UUCUAGAUAGAUUGCGGGAACUCAGUAUAAUUGUGUAUCUGCUGGCAACACUGUCACGUCGCAGGCACCAGCAGUUUUAUAUACAGGCGCCGAGCGGAAUAAGGGAAAAAAGUCCCCGCAGUCCCCAUUCAGUUGCCACGGGAACCACAGUCCGUGAAGAUCAAAUUUACGAAAAUACACGGUAUAAUAAUAAUAAUAAUAAUAAUAAGUGUCGUCGUGAGUGGGGGAGAAGAAAGAAAAAAGAAAACAUCAUGAGCGAAGAAUCGCAAAUGCUCAACUUUCCGCCAAAAUUUCGCGGGGACUUGGGUCGCAGGUACAGCUCUGACCUGGGCCGCAGGGGCAGCCUGCCGUUCCAGAAACACGUCAAGCCGAAAUUCCCUCCCACUGUUGUUGUGUCGAAUCGGCUGCCGUUUGUGCUGAAACGGGGACCGAACGGGAAUUGGCAGCGUCAUUCCAGUGCUGGGGGUUUGGUGACAGCAGUUGCACCAGUGGUAGCAGACUCUGGUGGACUCUGGGUUGGCUGGUCUGGCUUAUUUGGCAAGGAGGCAGAAGAGCCAAUUCCAGAAGCAGACCCCGAAGAUAACACCCCCACAGCUGGAAUAACCUCAGCACAAAUUUUCCCGGUUUCCCUGGAAAGAGACGAAUUUGAAUACUAUUACAACGGUUGCUGCAAUGGUACUUUUUGGCCGCUGUUCCAUUCCAUGCCUGACAGAGCCGCCUUCAAACACGAACACUAUGAUGCGUACGUUGAGGUCAACAACAAGUUUGCAGAAAAGGUGAUGUCUGCCGUGAGGCUCCUGAAACAACGUUCGGACGAAGAUGAGGAGAUUUUGGUGUGGAUCCACGACUAUCAUUUGAUGCUGGCUCCUUCGAUGAUCCGAGAACUGGCUGAAGCAGAGGAUAUCCACAUAAAGCUGGGAUUCUUCCUUCACAUCCCGUUUCCGCCAUGGGAUAUUUUCCGCAUUUUCCCCAGGAGUGCUGACAUCUUGCUUGGGCUUCUUGGAUGCGGAAUGCUGGGCUUCCACGUAGAAGACUAUUGUAAAAACUUUGUGGAUUGCUGUCGGAGGUUGUUGGGUUGCAGAGUGGAUUCCACGCAUUUACUUGUGGAACACGGGUUCCGAACCGUCAGAGUCCGACCCCUUCCUAUUGGGAUCCCCUUCAAAAGAUUUGAGCAACUCGCUCUUGAGGCACCGAGGGUAAUGGGAGGCACUCAGAAAGUAGUUCUGGGUGUCGACAGGCUGGACUACACCAAAGGCAUUGUGGAGAGAGUCAAGGCCUUCGAGCUCCUUUUCGAAAAAUAUCCCAAGUACAUUGGUCAAGUCAGUCUCUUGCAAGUUGCUGUUCCUUCAAGGACGGAUGUCAAGGAAUACCAAGACCUGAAAAACGAGUUGGACCAGUUGAUCGGACGCAUCAACGGGAAAUUUUCGUCGCCUUCCUGGUCGCCCAUCAGAUACAUCUUCGGAUCAAUUUCCCAGUCGCAACUUGCAGCAUUUUACCGCGACUCUGCAGUUGCUCUCGUCACUCCGCUGCGAGACGGAAUGAACCUCGUUGCAAAGGAAUAUGUCGCAUGUCAGGUUCAUGAUCCUGGGGUUUUGAUCCUGUCGCCUUUUGCUGGAGCCGGAGAGACGAUGCACGAAGCACUGACUUGCAAUCCUUACGAGAAGGAAGAUGUUUGUGACGCCUUAGACAGAGCACUCAGCAUGUCCGAAGACGAAAGAGUCAUGCGAAUGAUGCAUUUGAGACGACGCGAAGAAGUCAACAACGUCGAUUUUUGGCUGUACUCAUUUUUGAGAGGCAUGGAAUUGCACAAUCUCGAGCCAACGGACGAUGACGGUUCCGAUCCGUUGUUCAUGAGGAGUUCGAACAUCACGCCAUUGAUUGUCGAUGAUUUUGAUUACCUCACGGAUUUUGUCGGCCCAGAAAGAACACUGGCCUUGUUACUCGAUUAUGACGGCACUUUGGCACCCAUUGCUCCACGUCCCGACCUGGCCCUGCUUCCACCAGAAACCAAAAAGGUUCUGGAACGAUUAUCUCGACUAAAAGACGUGUUCAUCGCCAUCAUCACUGGUCGAAAUGUGGACGAUAUCAAGAGAUUGAUCAACUUGGAAGGAAUCACGUACGUUGGCAACGAUGGCUUGGACAUUAUUUACCCGGACGGACAAAUGUACUCGUAUCCCGUGGAAGACGCACAAAAGGAAGAAUUGAAGACCAUUAAGGAAAAGUUGGAGCUACUGUGUCCAGACGGGGCUUACUUGGAAGAUAAAGGCCCAGUGGUGACGUUGCAUUAUCGCCUGGCCCCCAAGUCCUCCCAUCAGAAACUCAUCAAAGAAGCUAGUCAAGUGAUUCGCGACGCUGGUUUCCUUUGCGUACCUGCGCACUGUGCCCUGGAGGCACGUCCGCCAGUCAGCUGGGACAAGGGAACAGCUGUUUUGCAUGUACUACGAGCUGCUUUUGGAAUGGAGUGGAAUUCCGACCUGAGCGUGAUCUUCGUCGGCGACGACACGAUCGACGAGGACGCCAUGCGGGCCCUCAAGGGCAUGGCGGUCACCUACCGAAUCGCGGCGUCCCUCGUGAAAACCGCCGCCGACUACCGCCUUCCCGGCCCGGACUCCGUCCUCACGCUGCUCAAGUGGGCCGAGCGACACAUGGGCGAGCGGAAGCCCGCCAUGUCAGCAGAACAGUACGGCUCUAUCAAGCAACACAUGAUAGUGCACAAGGAGAUGCGCAGUGUUGGGCCGCUCCGGCUCAUCAAUCCGGGCUCGUCGUCCAGUCCGCCGUCGUCGCCCAGGGUCGUCGUGGGGACGCCCAAACGGUCGCCCAUGUUCACCAGCAUGCCCAGGAACUGGUCCGCGGGCGCCUUGGAGUGAAACUAUACACAUGCUGUACGUUGACACACGAGAACAGCAUGUCAUCGGUACUGCAGUGCUGGUACACCUAUCCUGGGUCAUUUAUGGACUUGAUUCAAAUAUUGCAGGGGGGAGUUCAUCAUCUGACAAAUCUAUCAAGUAUAAACGUAGUAAUUUGAAGUUGUAUCCGUUGAACUCCAAUUAUGACUGGAUCAGUGACCCGCCAGCACUUGUGUCAAUAAGCUGCUAUAGAUGAAGAAGUAUUUUUGCUGUACAGUACUGUACGUACAAUUUAUAAGGUAUAUUCAACAGUUUGAAAUUACCUAAUGACGAUUUUACAUGACAGCUAAGACAUUAUUCCUGCAAAUCUUGAAUUUUCUUGGCCUAAUUACUGAUUUUAUGAAGAGUACGAAGGACAAUGAAGUGGCCAACAGCAUUUUUCUUAACGUUACGUGUAUGUUUACAUUGUAUACAAGCUACCUUCUUUUAUUUCUAUUAAACAAAAUGUGAACAAUGCUUACCAGGUGUAUUGUUGAUCUGUGUCAACAUUUGUGUAGUUCGUGAAGUGUGAUACAAGUGGACUCUCUCUAUGCAGACGAAAGUCAAGGGGUCAGAAAAAAAAAUAGUUAUACUACUGUACGGAUAAUUUUGUUGUGAAGAGCCCCUAUAAUUACUGGUGAAAGAACCCUUUGAGCACCAAGAAAAUGCAUUCUAUGGAAAAAUUGCUGUAGACAAGAUUGAUCGUUGUAUGGGAGAGUCCACAUAUGUUUGCUUCUGUCAUGAAAAAUGCUUAUAUUGGGAACAAGGAGCGUCCUCUGUGGACAGCUGAGUACAUAUACAUAAUGUGUUCGCGGACGUUUACAAUAGGUGAUAUUGAAGCAGUCAGGGAAAGUUCCGACUUUGAACUUGUGCAGUUGUUGUAAGCAUUUCUUGCAAACAUACUUCAAACAAUGAUGCAUACAGCAAUAAUCUAACGAAUUUCUUGAACUUUGUGUUCCGGAUGUUUAAGUUUUAAUUGUACUGCAAUAAUUUUCAGAGCAAAUAUUUCUUAAAAAAGUGGCCCCGUAUUUUCCAGAGCAUUCAUGCAAUAAUUGCUCAUGCAUGUGAUCCUUCUUGACCUGAAAACAAAAUUAAAGCUUUUCUUUAGGCUGAAGAAUAAUGAAUAAGCAUGAAAAUUGAUGAAUUUCUCCCUUUAAUGCUGUAGUGCGAUUGAACAAUAUACAGCACUGUACAGAAAAUUGCGCGCGGAAAUACAUCAGUGCAAUAUUUUGCUGCUAGUUUUAUGUAUCAUUAUAGAAAACCAUAUCCUUUAUUUUUCUGUUCUUUACUCAUACGCAUUUUUCCGUAAGCAGAUUUAAUCGAAAUCACGGAAAUCGGGAAUUUGAGUGCAUUAGAUUCAUGAUUUUGUAAAGCAAUAAAUGUAUCUUCCUCAUUUUCGCA